AUGUUUUCUAAGCAAAGACAUUCAAGGGAGGCCAGUCAGCCAAUAAACACAGGAGCUCUUGCCGCGGCGUCAGCGAUUGGUAAGGCCACUAUUAAUAAUGGAAGGGCAGUUGAUCGAACAAAACUGCCUUUUUACAAUCAGGUUCCCAAUGAAAUCAAGCGUUCUUCGUCCAUGAUGGGAUCAAGGCAGAACUCGUUACAAAGAGGAAUGUCUGCAGGAAGGAAUAACAGUUUGAGCAAUCGAUCCAGUAUGAGCAGUGGUUCCCACCACAAUAUUCAUAAUUCACGGCCCGUGUCAUAUAUUGGUGGUGGAAAUAAUUCUCGUUCUCAAAGCUUAGAAUCUCAAAGAAGAAACUCUAGUCGGAACAAUUCACUUAUCAGUAGGAAAAGAGAGUCUAAUGGUGAUUUACAACGUGCAUUUCACGAAUUUGGAGGUGUGCAGGCCAGCGGAGUUAUUCAUCAGCCAUCUGAAGCACCGAGAAUGGUCAAGAGGUACGUUCCAAGUGCAAACGGUUUAAUAGCGAUUGAGGUUCCAGUUCAAGAUAAUGAGGGGGCAAAAUCAAGAUCAUCAUCCUUAAGAAGAUCUGCUUCUACGAACGGACUCUCGCUAUCUCGGAGUGGCUCUUUGACGAGAAAGAAGACCAUUAAUGCUCCUUCGAAAACACAACAAAAGAGACAUUCCUCAUUAACGGAAUCGUCAUCGGUAUCUUCGUCAUCGGUAUCUUCGUCGAAGUUACACAGCGCCUCCACAAGAGCUGCAACAAACUCAAUGGCACCGCAUCCUUUGAUAGAGACUUACGUAGUGGAAGAGACUGAGCAAGAAUUGCACCAAGAGGAUGUAGUUAGGCCAAUAAAAGUAUCAGAAAGCAAAGAAAUUCAACUACAAGCAAACCGAGAGCCAAAAUCGGAACUAGAGUCAGAGUUAAAAGUCGAUGCUCCAGAUAUCAAUUUGAAAGGAAAGGAAAAAGGCAGAAAUACCACGGAAGCAGUAUCCUCUACAGAUGAGCAUUCUAAAGGAAAUCCUAUAGAACCGCUCGAAGAAACUGUGGUGAUAAAUGAAAAAGUGAUAAAACAUGAUGAAGCUAUAACCGAAGAGAAGAGUGAAUCUUCACCAGUAACAAAAAAGAUGGUGGAAACAACAGUCGAUGACAGUCUCAGAACGGAAUUAAAUUCUGAACUGAAACAUUCAGAUACUGCGGAUACCGAAUUUUUCGACUCCAAAGAAGUUAUAGAACCCCUUCCGGUCGUAAAUCAUUUUAAUGGUCAAGAGGAGGAAACUAUUUUGCCAAUAAGUACGCAUACGAGAGGUGGUACAAGUUUGGCACAGCACCUUCGUGCGAUGAACCCUUACCUGAGCCAAGUUGAAAACGCAGAAGAUAAGCAAGCCCAAGCAACAGAUAAUGGCAAGUUAACUGCUGAGAGCUCAAAAGGGAAUGAUAAGGAUCUCUAUAAGGUUCCAUCUCCUAUGAAAUCGGCAUUGAAAAAAAGUACAACUCGUUCUAGCAAUACGUCUUCAGUAUAUUCGGAGUACUCACCCGCCAAUGAUGCCUACUUAUCCCUCACAACAGCUGAAAAUACAAGAUUGAAUGCAAAACUAGUCAAGACAGAAACUCCUUCAUAUAAACCAAGACAUCCCGCAAGACCACAAUCAAUGGUUAAUUCGGCUGCUAAUAGGUCAUCAUCUCCAGUAGCGAGGGAUGGUCAUAAAACAAAACGAGAGUCCACUGGACAACCGCAGAAGGUUACACGAAAUUCCGUAUACAAAACUUCCAACGAUUCUAAUGCAAGCGUAGCGAUUAACGCAGCAAAAGUUUCAGUCAAUUCACGUAAACCUAUGACAUCAACAAGUAACACAACUAAGUUUCAUCAAAAUGGUUCCGAAGAACAAGCAAGGAAAACAUCACAUACAAGUAAACGCAAUUCAUCGAUUAAUAAUGAUAUACUAUAUCCAAGGGAACCGCCUGCCAAGAAAUCAAGUUUCGAGAAGCUCAGAAAUCAGGAGUCUUCUCAUAUGGGCUUCAAGAAGUUGUCUUUGAGAGAUGAAACUAUUGUGGCUGAUAAUUUAGGAAAUGAUCAGGGGUACAAGAAGGGAUAUGCAGGAAACGAUGUAGGAAAAAUGUCCAACAAGCAAAGAAAUGAUAGCGCUGUAAACGCAUAUGAUGCGAAUCGAAAUUUCCUGCAGAAUAGUGGAUGGAAGUCAAGAAUUCAUGAUUCUGAUUCUGAAGAAGAUGUCGCGCUUUUCAGCAGUGCUGGUACGAGUGGAUCAACACAAGCCACAAGUAAUGACAAUCAACCUGACAGCUCAAAUGGAGGUAAAGGAUUUUCAUUCUUCAAGAAUAAAAAUAAAAGUAAACAGCAGAGUAACGAAACAGAGGUAAAUUUUUCACCACCACAACCACGAUACUUGGAUGCAAAUUUGACGAAAGAAAAAUCAGCUGCUGAUUCUACACAUAGUACACCAAACAAAAUUAAUAAAAAACUGAGUAGAAUGUCACUACGAUCUUCAAGUACAGGUGAUGUGCAUGAGCUACGUUCAUUAGAAACACCGAAGAGCGAUAAAAGUCAGAAAAGAUAUCAUAGUCAUGCAACUAUGAACACUGGUAAUAAUAGCAAUAAUAAUGAUAAUAACAACAAUAAUAACAAGGGUGAAGUGAUGAAAUCCAAGACGUUAAGGGCAAAUACUGUUGUUGAUGAUGGGACACCAACAAAAAAGAAGAAUGCCCUUGGUAAAAAACUGAAAAAACUAUUUGGGAGAAAAUCUUAA